GUCGUCAUUACUUUUUUAAAAGGAACAGUGAAGCACUCGUCGAAAAUGAAAUUUCCGUUACAGAACUCGAGUUGGCUUUUCAUUAGUUAUUUCGGGGAAAGAUAUAAUGAAAUGUGAAGUACUCACGUGAUUUCAACGGGUUUUUUCCCUUUCUUAUCAAAUUGUUUUAUAUAUAGUUGAGGCAACGUUAAGCUUUUGCAAACUGAAUCGUACAACGCAACAUGAACUACAUUAAGGAAGAAUUGACCUUUGAAUGUUCGGAAGUUCUUUCAACUUCCAUGGAUGAGGAGAAGAAACUCGUUUUAUCUGAAGACGAAAUUAAGAAAUUGCGACUUGCGAUGGAAAAACUGGAUGAAUUUCAGCAGCAAUGCCAAGAGGCUCUGGAGCAAACACUAGAGCAUCAUAGACUUGACUCUGGUAAGGUUGAAAUGAUUCAAUUGGAUGAACUUGCCCAAGUCUUAUUCGAAAGGGCACAAUUAGACAAGACUGAUGUGCAAAAAAUGGAGGAAGACCUUAACUUGUUCCAGAUGUUUAAGGCAGCCAUUAAACUGGUGACUGAUAGUGUGAUGGAUGAAAAUGUGCAGCAACUGAGCGAUGACUUGGAACAUUGGCUUAAUGCCAUCACACCAGUCAUGAUUAGAGUGCUUCGGAGUAAUGGCAUUUCACCUCCAAAACCGCCACCGUCUGAAGACUUACAGGAGAGACUGAAUGAACAAAUCAAAGAUUCCUUAAGGGAAUUUGUCUGUGCAAACGACGAAGAAAACGUGGAACGCCCUCUUACGAACGCAGAAGAAACAGAUAGUUGCAAAAUUAACCCAAGAACUGUUCGUGACGUCAGAAAUUACAUCACUGUAAGGGAUUUGGGUGAUCUGUUGUUCCUUUUUAAAGGAGAUUUUGGUCAUGUGACCAGACACAGUUGAUAGCCUCUUAGGAGAGACAAAAAAAGAGACUUAAUGUUGAAUUAUGAUAUAUGUACAGAGAGAGCGCGUGGAUUUCAAUAUAUUGUUAUUGUUAUUUUAAGAGACAUUGUAAUAUAUAAUUCAGUCCUGCAUUUUUGAAUUUGUAUCACUAAUAUGAUGUUACAUAAAAUUUGAAUCAUUGGA